GGUGAAUACCUCCAUGUCAAGUAACUCACUCAGUGGACGGACCUACACUUUUUUAUCCACCCACUCUUUUUUAGGGACUUUCACUUCGGAUUUUAGGGACCCGACUGCAUCAUAGCCCCAUCGCUCACGCAGGGAUCCCACCUAUUGAUGAAGGUGGAUGGAUUUGGAUUGUUACCUUAGCUCCCCCAGCUGCUGUGCUCAGGUCUGCGGCGGGCAUUGGACGCUCCCGUCGUCAUAAAACCUUCCUGGCCAGGCCCCAAAACCUCGUUACCUUUUCCGUUUCCAUUUCCAUUUUCCAGAUCUCUCUCAUACUUCCUCCACUCUCCCGUUUGUCUUGUACAGCUUAUCCUCAUUCCCCAGUCCAUACUUGAACCUCAACAAUGGAUCCGUAGGUGCUCCCUCAACAUCAACUUCCAAACCCCCCACCAUGACUUUGCGCUCUAGCUGCGAGCUAUCAUGCUCGCGCUGAGCGUUUUGCGAUACGAUCGCGUCUCCUCACGCCUCAAUGUCUGAACACCACAAAUGGAAAAACUUCUUUACUGAUACGAUUUCUCUUCUAGAUGCAUGGAGCUCAAGCAGAACACGACAAUCGUCGUGCUCGGCGCUUCUGGUGAUCUGGCGAAAAAGAAGACGUACCCUGCGCUUUUCGGUCUUUAUCGAAACCAGUUCCUGCCCAAGGAUGUCAAGAUUGUCGGAUAUGCCCGCACCAAGAUGGACCACGAUGAAUACAUUCGACGCAUCAAGUCAUACAUAAAGACACCCACAAAGGAGACUGAGCAGCAACUCGAGGAGUUCGCCGGGCUUUGCACCUACGUCUCGGGUCAGUACGACAAGGAUGAGUCUUUCCAGGGUUUGGAGCAGCACCUCCAGGAGGUUGAGCAGGGCCGCCCCGAGAACCACCGUCUUUUCUACAUGGCGCUGCCCCCCAGUGUCUUCACCAUUGUUUCACAGCACCUGAAGAAGAUUUGCUACCCCAAGAACGGUGUCGCGCGUGUGAUUGUCGAGAAGCCCUUCGGCAAGGACCUUGCCAGCUCCCGAGAGCUUCAAAAGUCACUCGAGCCUGAUUGGAACGAGCAGGAACUGUUCCGAAUUGACCACUACCUGGGCAAGGAGAUGGUCAAGAACAUUCUGAUUCUUAGAUUUGGCAACUCUUUCCUCGGCGCCACGUGGAACCGACACCACAUCGACAACGUCCAGAUCACCUUCAAGGAGCCCUUUGGUACCGAGGGUCGCGGGGGCUACUUUGACGAGUUCGGUAUCGUUCGUGAUGUCAUGCAGAACCAUCUCCUCCAGGUCCUUACUCUCUUGGCUAUGGAGAGGCCCAUCUCUUUCAACGCCGAGGAUAUCCGCGAUGAGAAGGUUCGCGUUCUCCGUGCCAUUCCAGCCAUUGAGCCCAAGAACGUCAUCAUUGGUCAGUACGGUAAGUCUCUUGACGGUAGUAAGCCCGCCUACCGUGAGGACGACACUGUCCCCAAGGACUCGAGAUGCCCUACUUUCUGUGCACUCGUUGCUUACAUCAAGAACGAGCGCUGGGAUGGCGUACCUUUCAUUAUGAAGGCCGGAAAGGCUCUCAAUGAGCAGAAGACCGAGAUUCGAAUCCAGUUCAAGGACGUCACAUCGGGUAUCUUUAAGGACAUUCCCCGAAACGAGCUUGUUAUGCGCAUUCAGCCCAAUGAGAGUGUCUAUAUCAAGAUGAACUCUAAGCUGCCUGGUCUCAGCAUGCAAACUGUUGUUACCGAGCUGGAUCUCACCUAUCGACGACGAUUCUCCGACCUCAAAAUCCCUGAGGCAUACGAGUCGCUUGUCCUUGACUGCUUGAAGGGCGACCAGUCCAACUUUGUCCGUGACGACGAGCUCGACGCCAGCUGGCGCAUCUUCACCCCUCUCCUCCACUACCUUGAUGACAACAAGGAGAUUAUUCCCAUGGAGUACCCUUACGGUUCUCGUGGUCCUGCUGUUCUGGACGACUUCACCUCCUCCUACGGUUACAAGUUCAGCGACGCUGCUGGCUACCAGUGGCCAACAACCAAUGCUGCUGCUCCUAACAAGUUCUAAUAACGCCUCCCGUACAAUGAGAGAGUCACGACCGAUUUCGGACUAUGAUAUCCAAGCCUGACGAGGCAACAAAACACCAAUCAAUGAUUUACUCUAUAUAAAAAAACGAUGGAAACUGUUGUCGUAACUUUUGCGACAUAAUGAUGGGCACUUGCUUCUGGGAACUUUUUAGAUGCGUUCACAUUGGGGGAUUGGCUCAUUGCUUACGACUCGCUCAAUCAAAUGAAAAUUUCAAUUUCAACCUUGAAUUGAUCAUUCCCAGUUUGGAUAGAAAUGACUUCAUAGCCAUGAUACCAAGGCUCUUUGUGCCCUGCCUUACCAAUACUUCAAUAGGCUGUGGUUUUGGGCAGUGGACGCCACAGAUGUUAAACGGUCAAAGGGUUGAAAGACACGGUAGGCUUGCAUAAAGACAUCAUGGAUAUUACGGAGGCGCAUCAAUAUCGACGUAUGUCUCAUCAUCAAUGUGUUUUCAAGAUAAGAAAAGACAUACUGUAUGUGCCAAAUAAACUAAGCACAAAAUCUACCUUGCUAUAGAAACGCUCCUUAUUUUCCUACUGAUGAUGGUAAAUUUAAUGAAUCCGUGC